AAAAAAAAAAAAAAAAAAAAAAAAAGCAAAUGGCGGUGGUUUAAUAUAUGUGAGAAGAAUUUGGUUGAUAUUUUAUGUGUUUGAUUUUGUUUACGUGGAUUUGAUUUUUUGUUUGUUUCUAUGACAUGGAUAUGGAUCUUACGUGGCAUUUGAUUGGCAGCUUACAAAGCAGUCAUAUUAUUUUUCUGUUAUUUUUUGAAUAAAAUCUGUUAAAAUGAUUAAUUUUGAAUAUUUAAUAAAUUUUAAUAAUUUGAAUGGAUAAAUUGAAGUUUGGUGACCCAGAUGGGAAAGUGAGUAAAGUUGGGUGACUAAUCCUGUAAUUUACUCAUAUUUCCCGUCCCUUCUUUUACAAUUGCGAGCCCUAUUCUUUCCCUCUCUUCAUGUCCUGGUUCUGUGUUCUAGGCUUCCAGUAGAACAAGCACUUAACCAAUCCUUCCCAUAAAAAAAAAAAUGCUCCUUCGGAAUCGUCUAUUGUCUCUCAAUUUCACUUCUUUUUUAUCACCUCCUUCUCCACCUUCCAAAUCACUGUCUUUUCUUUUCUCUUUCGACAAAACCAUCGCCUACUCAACCCAUAAGCGCCCCGACCCCAAACCUAAAGUCUCAGCUUUAAGGGCCGCAAAGCAACCGAUGUCUGAACGGGCUCGGUUUGCGAAGACGGUGUUGUUCGUGCCGCCGGGGGUCGACCCAGAAGAGGUAACAGAUGAAAUGAUAUUGCCGGGUUCCAACAUCGUACUCGGACCUUACGGGGGACAUUCUCAGAUUAAGGAAGUGGAAUUUGUUAAGAGUAGCGGUCGGGCUAAGGAUUGUCCCAAAGAUGAUCGACCCGAGUUUGCAAUCUUGGGUCGAUCUAAUGUGGGCAAGUCUUCGCUUAUUAAUGCAUUGGCGAAAAAAGAAGUUGCUCUCACUUCUAAGAAACCAGGGAAGACACAGCUUAUUAAUCAUUUUUUGGUGAAUAAAAGUUGGUAUAUAGUGGAUUUGCCUGGUUAUGGUUUUGCUAAAGCCUCAGAUGCUGCUCGAACAGAUUGGUCUUCGUUCACUAAGGGCUACUUUCUAAAUAGAGAGACUCUGGUUGCUGUGCUACUUCUUAUUGAUGCAAGUGUCCCACCUCAGAGGAUUGAUCUAGACUGUGCUAACUGGCUUGGACGCAACAAUAUACCAAUGACUUUUGUCUUCACAAAAUGUGACAAAAUGAAGGCAAGCAAAGGAAAAAGGCCUGAUGAGAACAUCAGGGACUUUCAAGAACUGAUUAGAGAAAACUAUAAGCAACAUCCCCCAUGGAUAAUGACGAGCAGUGUUACUGGUCUAGGCAGAGAUGAGCUUCUCCUACAUAUGUCUCAACUAAGAAACUACUGGGAUCAAUAGGAGCGGAAUUGUUAGUAAAUUGAUGUGUAAGUUUAUUCUUAAAACUAUAUAUUAGCAUAGACAACUAACUGAACUAGUUGCAUACAGAUUUUUCUUUGGAAUCAUUUCAA